GCAGGUAGCAGGUCCAUGACACCUGCUGGGUCUAGGGGCCGCGGGCCAGCCAAGCCAAGCCGUGCCUCUGGGGGGCUGUGGGAGCCGUGAGCGCUCAGGGAGAGCGUCCCGGACCCCGUGGGGGGAACUGUCGGCCAAAAAUGCCGACCAACGGCCUGCACCAGGUGCUCAAGAUCCAGUUUGGCCUGGUUAAUGACACAGACCGCUACCUGACGGCGGAGAGCUUCGGCUUCAAGGUCAACGCCUCAGCGCCCAGCCUCAAGAGGAAGCAGAUCUGGGUGCUGGAGCCCGACCCCGGGCAGGGCUCAGCCGUGCUGUUCCGCAGCAGCCACCUGGGCCGCUACCUGUCGGCCGAAGAGGAUGGGCGUGUGGCCUGCGAGGCGGAGCAGCCGGGCCGUGACUGCCGUUUCCUGGUCCUGCCACAGCCCGACGGGCGCUGGGUGUUGCAGUCAGAGCCGCACGGCCGCUUCUUCGGCGGCACUGAAGACCAGCUGUCCUGCUUCGCCACGGCUAUCUCCCCGGCCGAGCUGUGGACCGUGCACCUGGCCAUCCACCCGCAGGCCCACCUGCUGAGUGUGAGUCGGCGGCGCUACGUGCACCUGUGCCCUCAGGAGGAUGAGAUGGCGGCGGAUGGCGACAUGCCGUGGGGCGUGGACGCCCUCCUCACUCUCAUCUUCCAGAGCCGGCAGUACUGCCUCAAGUCCUGCGACAGCCGCUACCUGCGCAGCGACGGCCGCCUUGUCUGGGAGCCCGAGGCCCACGCCUGCUACACUCUCGAGUUCAAGGCCGGCAAGUUGGCCUUCAAGGACUGCGAUGGCCGCUACCUAGCGCCUGUGGGACCAGCUGGCACGCUCAAGGCUGGCCGAAACACGCGGCCUGGCAAGGACGAGCUGUUCGACCUGGAGGAGAGUCACCCGCAGGUGGUGCUGGUGGCUGCCAACCACCGAUACGUCUCCGUGCGGCAAGGGAUCAACGUCUCAGCCAAUCAGGAUGAAGAACUGGACCAUGAGACCUUCCUGAUGCAAAUUGACCAGGAGACAAAGAAGUGUACCUUCUAUUCCAGCACUGGGGGCUACUGGACCCUGGUCACCCACGGGGGCAUUCAGGCCACGGCCACACAAGUUUCUGCCAACACCAUGUUUGAGAUGGAGUGGCGUGGCCGGCGGGUGGCACUCAAAGCCAGCAAUGGGCGCUACGUGUGCAUGAAGAAGAACGGGCAGCUGGCGGCCGUCAGCGAUUUUGUGGGUAAGCACUUGCCUGCCAGGAGGCUGGGGCAGCAGCUCGUUUCUCCACCCAGGAAUCGUGUCUGCUCCAGACCCCCGUCUCCGCCAAGGGCCGGGCCCCUCCCUCCUGUCACGGCGGUAGCCAUACUUGCUAGUCAAGGUCAUCAGUCCUGA